CGCGGUUCGUGUGCGUCAUUUCCGCCGCCGUGGCGCUGACUCGCCUUUGCGGCGUUGGCGGCGGGAGAGACGAUGAAGCUCCUGCUUCUUGCCGUGUUUGCCCUGGUGUCUGUGGCUCACUGCGAGGAUGGUGCCAGGCUGCUGGCCUCCAAAUCCCUGUUAAACAGAUAUGCAGUGGAGGGCAAGGACUUGACUUUGCAGUACAACAUCUACAAUGUUGGCUCCAGUGCUGCCCUAGAUGUGGAGCUGUCGGAUGAUUCCUUCCCCCCAGAAGAUUUUGGCAUCGUCUCUGGCAUGCUCAACGUCAAGUGGGACAGAAUUGCUCCGUAUCUUUUCAUGUUUUGAAAUUUCUCCCAACUCUCUUCCUUGCUCCUG